AGCCAGCCAUGGCGCACCCAAACACAAACACAAAGAGAGCAAAACUUAAGCUAGCUCUGGGUGCUGCAUUGUCUGCAGUUUACAAAGGUAGAUCAAUUAGAGGAGAAUGAGGCAGCAGCAGCAGCAGCAGCAGGAGAGCAGGUUCAAGAGGACCUGCGUGUUCUGCGGCAGUAGCCAGGGCAACAAGACCACCUACCGCGAUGCCGCCGUCGACCUCGCCAAAGAGCUGGUCGCGAGGGGCAUUGACCUUGUGUACGGCGGCGGCAGCAUUGGCCUCAUGGGCCUCGUCUCCCAGGCCGUCUACGACGGUGGCAGACAUGUCAUUGGGGUCAUCCCCAAGACUCUCAUGACCCCCGAGAUAAUCGGAGAGACAGUAGGGGAGGUGAGGCCAGUGUCCGACAUGCACCAGAGGAAGGCUGAGAUGGCGAGGCAGUCUGAUGCAUUCAUAGCCCUGCCCGGAGGAUACGGAACACUGGAAGAGCUGCUUGAAGUCAUCACAUGGGCGCAAUUAGGCAUCCAUCAUAAACCGGUUGGGCUGCUGAACGUUGAUGGGUACUACAACUCCCUGCUCACAUUCAUCGACCAAGCCGUGGAAGAAGGCUUCAUCAGCCCCAGUGCUCGCCGCAUCAUCGUGUCGGCUCCAACGGCACAAGAACUCAUGGACAAGCUUGAGGAAUACGUCCCUUACCAUGAUAGGGUUGCGUCUGGGCUGAACUGGGAGACUGGUCAUCUAGGGUUCUAAGCUGUUGCAGCGAGCUUAAUUAAGCUUAAAUGAAUUGAAGAAAGGCGAACCAUCGAGCAGCCAUCAACAUUAAGCAUUGCUUGUUAAUUGUGCUCGAUCUAUGUAGUAGUAGUAGCAGCUUGUUAACCAGUCUAGAUUGUCUUUUUUUUUUCUCCUACGAAGCAUGGAGUUUGUCAUCUCAGUUUGGGUAAGAAAAACUAGUAGCACCUAAUCAGCCAUAUAUCGAUGUUCAAGAUCCAGUAACUGAGAAUUAAUUGACACUAAACCAAGUGUCAAAGAUUGACCUGAUCUGGUUACUGCAUCAUAAGUUUUAAGAUUGUUGCAAGUUGUUGAUUGAAACACUCUUUGUUUUGGAGAUGUAAGCCGUUUCUAUUUCCAUUUCCAUUAUUUGAUCGGUGUUAUUAUA